AUGUCGUCAGUCAAUGAAACUACCAGUGACGGUUUUAUGCGACUUAAUUUAUUUGAAGACAAACAAGUGUGGUUAGGUAGGCCGAUGCCCCGCCCACCGUUCCACCGAAACUCCACCCACACGACGUUUAGUCUCGCGCUGACGCACGACCAUCAGACAGGUAAAGGUGAGCUGAUCGUUUCCUGCUCGAGCAUCGCUGCCAUGGCUGAGUCACAGUUAACAUGCAUGGACGAUGAGCACGUUAACGUGAAGAUACCGGAAUCUAAACCGGAGUUUUAUUACAGCGAGGAGCAGCGGGCCGCGCUCGAGCAGCUUAUGAAAAACGGCGACGGCGCCUUUAAGAUGCGUUUAAAAGAGGAUAACGUUAAGGACUUUCUGUCCGCCAGAGAAAUCAAAUGGAUGCGGGACACCUUACAGGAAUAUGACAGUGACUCUGAUACCUGUUGCUCACAGUCGGUCCAUGAUACGAGUGAAGACUCAGGUGUGCAUUCUACCUACUGGCCGACCAUGUCUGAUACCGAGAUCCCUCCGCUGGACAUCGGUUGGCAUGGUAACGACUAUUACAAAGGGGUGACCCGGGUGUCGGUUUACACCCACCCACCCAAAUCGAAGAGCCCGCAUAUUAAAGAGGUGGUGCGCAGACUUAUUCAGGAAUCUACAAAGUUGCUGGCCGUGGUCAUGGAUCUGUUUACAGACUUGUUGAUCCUGCAGGAUCUCUUUGAUGCUGCAAGCAAGCGGGGGGUUGCUGUGUACUUGCUGCUGGAGGAACACGGCUUGCCGCACUUCCUGGACAUGAGCAGCAGGUUGCAAAUUUCUGCACAUCAGCUAAGGAACCUGCGGGUGCGAACAGUGAAGGGCACAGGGUUUGCUCUAUCAUUUGGUCGUCUUCCAGGUUCGCUCUGCUCCAAGUAUAUGUUGGUCGACGGAGAGAAAGUGAUGUUUGGAUCAUACAGCUUUACGUGGAGCUCCUCCAGAAUGAACCGUAACACAAUCACUGUAAUGUCGGGACAGGUGGUGGACUUCUUUGACAAUGACUUCAGAGAGCUGUACGCCGUGUCCGAUAAAGUGGAUUUAUACCGGGAGUUUCACAUCAUCAAGCCACCCCUACCCGCUACCGUGCUGAAAACGCCAGCGGAACCCAAAAGACUUCCGGUGACCACAUCUCGUUUCCAGGUCUCUCUGGAGGACACCAAAAAGACUGACCUAAAGGUUCCUGCACAUAAAUACCACAAUCCUAAGUACUCUUUGGUUGUCGGAAACAGUCUAGGUAUAACUGGUUCACUGCAGGAUCUUUCUAUAUUGAGGGACAAUGAUGACCACAUCAAUGGCGACAGUAUACAUUCCCAGUUCCCAGAUGAUACAGUGGAUGGUAUGGGUGAUGGGAAAAAACUCUCUCCUUUUGGUUCUAAAAAACAGCGCAGUUCCUUUAGAAAUUUCUUGAAAGGCAGGGCAAACAACCAGAGUCCGGAUACGAUCUCUAAAACAGCCAUAGAUCCAAAAGAGAUAAAUCAUAGCAAGAUUACCAACAACUCCAAUGACGCAUCUUGGUUGGUCAAUCAGAUCAGAGAAGAUGCAUCGAAACACGUUAGUCCCACAUCUGUUCAUAAGAUCUCAGAGACUGACAGCACGGGAGAACUUGAGGACACGUUUGAGGAAAUAAAAAGUCCACCGGAUGUGAAGUUUAAAAGCAAAAAGAGCAAAAUGGGUCCGAGAAGUUCUUCUAUGCAGGUUAUUCCUACAUUCAGCGAUGAUGGCCUGAGAGGGCGGAGGCGUACGCAGAAGAAAGCUUGUAUUCAGUCCUGACAAGUCAUUAUGAGGAUUCAACAUGAACGUGUGCUUGCAAAUCAAGACUUUAGAUAAUAGGACAGAUCAACAAGAAUAUUAAAAAAUUUAUGCAGAAACA